UGGCGGCCAAGAAUGUCAUAUUUUUGGGCUCACUAUUUUUUCCCAGAUUAGCGAAAGAUUCCCAUACAUACAACCGACAUUUUGCCACAGCAUUAAGGCAUAGUUGUUCUAGCUCAAGUUCUUCUAAUUCCCCAAAAGACAUAGUCGAAUGGAUGAGAAAUUAUGGUCCGGUCUUUAGGGUUCGUAGUGACGCAAUUUCAGUGCUUGAUGGACCGACACAAUUUUAUGAAAGGUUUACGUCCAACAUCUCUUCAUCUAAACGACGGAUUGUCAUUGCGUCUUUGUACUUGGGCACAGGUGAUUUGGAAAAGCARUUGGUCAAAUGCAUACAUGACRUUGUUAGAAAAUCAUCAAAGGCUGGAGACCAAAUCAAAGUUGAAAUUCUUUUGGAGCACACUCGUGGAUCAAGAGGUGUAAUAAACUCCAGAACUAUGCUUCUUCCCCUUUUACAAGAAUUCAGUGAAUCUGUYAGUGUUGCUUUAUAUCAUACACCAGAGUUGAGAGGAAUCAAGAAGAUGGUUCUGCCUCAAAGAUUCAAUGAGACCGUUGCUCUGACUCACCUUAAAGUGUAUCUUACUGACGACACUGUUAUCAUGAGUGGUGCCAAUCUAAGCCAUGACUACUUUACAAACCGUCAAGAUCGGUACAUUGAGAUCAAGGACUCUCCAGAAGUUGCUGACUUCUUCCACCAACUUAUCUCCACUGUCAAGACAUUUUCACUUCAGUUGAAUGGAAGCAACACCACAACGUUGCAUUCAAAUUUUGCCUUUCAUCCAACACAAGAUACAGACGGAGGGAAACAGUUUGUUAGUGAAGCUUCAAAACGAUUACUUCAGUUUUUAGAUAAGACUAAAAAUGAGCAAGUAAAACCUGUUUCUGCAGAGGAUGAUUCUCAAACUUGGGUUGUUCCACUGGUACAAAUGUUCCCCUAUGGAGUACGGCAAGAUGAAAUUGUUACCUCAGAACUUCUCGCUAGUUUACCCAAAGAAAGUACUCUUCUUUUAGCAUCUGGAUACUUCAACUUGACUUCAGACUACAUCAAUUUGAUUUUGAAUUCCAAGGCAUAUUGUGAAAUACUCACUGCACAUCCAACUGUUAAUGGAUUUUACAAGGCUAAAGGAGUUGCUGGUGGAAUUCCUCAUGCUUAUACAUAUAUCGCAAAGGCAUUCUUCAACCUUGUCAAUCAACACAAACAAAAUGACCGAAUAACAAUCCAAGAAUAUCAGCGAAACAAAUGGACAUUCCAUGUCAAAGGUCUCUGGUACUACCCACCCAACUCUCCCCUCCCUUGUCUUACUCUCAUYGGCUCGCCAAAUUUUGGUCAUAGGUCAGUAUUUAGAGACUUAGAAGCACAGGUUGCCAUAGUAACUGAAGAUGAAAAACUUCAACAACAAUUUCACAAUGAGCAGAAACAGUUCUAUUCAUGUGCAAAGAGAGUCACAAGUGAAACAUUUACCAACCAAGRCCGCAGGGUACCCCUGUGGGUGCGAAUUGUCACUCAAUUUAUUCACAAAUUUUUGUGACGUACCUAGCAAUAAUAUUUUUUAUUAACAAGAAUGUAAAAAUUCACCAAUGUUACAAAUGUAUAUUAUUUAACAAUUGCAUUUUUAUGGGAUCUUAUUUUUGUUAGUCUAAUUUGCAAUGUAAACUUUUCAUCAUGAAAGAAAUAUUUAUUCAAGCGAAUUACCUACAGUAUUUAUAUUUUCAAUGAAUGAAUAUAUACCACUUGAUCCAUCAUUGGAUUCUCUCUCUGUGGGAAUUAGGAACAAAAAUCUCAACCUUUCUGUCUCCAAAUUUAAUCCCAACGUAAGAUGAGCUUCACUAGGRUUUUAUAUGUAGUGUCAUUCAACAGGAUAUUUACUAAUAAUUGAUAAUAAUUUUCACAUCAGUUUUUAACGAACAACCCUUCACUGCACUGUGCACUCAAAAYGUUAAAGACUCAUUACAAUCAUUCCCACACGCACUAUAUUUGUUUAAAUGAUGUGAAGUAGUAAAUUGUAGAGAACAAUUUUGAAAUCUUGAUACCUUUACUUGGUCAUCUUUCCAAUAGACCCCUUGCACGUGACGUCAAAGCAGCUCAAAUUUGGAGGCAAAACAUAACUAUCGUUAUGUCCUUC